ACCAAGAGAUACGGCGGGGACCUGCGGAGUGAUGGCCUGCGCUUUCGGCGCGCGACCACACUCCGACAGCGCCGGGGUAGGGGCGUGCGCUGGUUAGCCCAGACGUGGCGGCCGCUGACGUCCCCUGCAUCACCGAGCAUGGUGCAUGUACACUAUACAGACACCUGCUCCCUGGUGGAACGCCACGGGAUGAACGGAUCUGGAUCCGUGUGCAGCACCCCAGUCGAAGGGCUGCAGCAAGCGGACGCUCUGACACGGCCGCAUUGGCCUCGACACCUCGGCGUGCUGUCGUCCUGGCCGUUGGAAAAGAAUGCCAGCUUCUACCAGAGGUGGCGCUUCCGUCACACAAUCUUGCAGACUCAACCGUACCCGGACGAAGGGCCAACUUCUCAAGCGCAGCUGCCCUGUGGCGACGAGGCUGCAGCAGUCGACGUGGACAUGGUAGCCAUGCAUUCCAUUGACCGCUGUGCUUGA